CGGAAGCUGACGAAGCCCGAGCUCGGGCACCUCGAGAAGGCCGGGGCCGUGCCGAUGAGGCACCUGCAGGAGUUUAGGCUGGAGAAGGUGGAGGGGUUCGAGCCCGGGCAGAGGCUCGUGCUCGAGGAGGUGUUCAAGGAGGGGGAUCUCGUCGAUGUGAGUGGGAAUUCGAUCGGAAAAGGGUUUCAAGGUGGUAUAAAAAGACAUAAUUUCCGACGUGGGCCAAUGACUCAUGGUUCUAAAAGCCACAGGGCCUUGGGUUCAAUAGGAGCAGGAACAACACCCGGGCAUGUUUACAAGGGAAAGAAGAUGCCCGGGAGAAUGGGAGGAACCAAAACAAAGAUCCGAAAGCUAAAGAUUGUGAAGAUCGACAAUGAGCUACGAGUAGUCUUGAUAAAAGGGGCAGUUCCUGGAAAACCUGGCAAUCUUCUUCGAAUAACGCCAGCCAAAAUUGUCGGCAAAAACAUACCAAAGAAUUAGUUGUUCCUUCCUCCUCCUGAUGGCUUCUUUGAUUUGUUCAUGCUUAGAGUGCUUCAGCUUCUGUGUUUGAGUACUGUAAUGGCUAAUAACUGUUGAUGUACAAGUUCUUUUUCCCCUUGACAAACUCUGCAAGUACAAGUUGUGAUUAAGUUUUCAGUUAUUAGCUGUGAUCUCCAUUGGGUUUUGGAAAAUUUUUUUGGAAGGAAUCCCAAGGAAGUUCUCA